UCAAUAUCUUCAACAUUCAAAUUUUGUUCUAUGUUGGGCUUUUAUUUGUUUACAAAUGUUGACACUCUAAAUAAGUUAAAGAAGUAUUUAAUAGUAAGUCAACAAACUUUAUAACAAUAGAUCAAGCUGUGUAGAAUUAAUCAAACGCUGUCAUCUUUUUAAAAAGGAAAAUGUUACAUUCUAUCAAGCUGGAACUGCAUUUUCUCUCCCCUUUUUGUUUAAGGAGUCAGUGGAGUCCAUUGUGAGGAGCACAGCUAUGGCUUUGAAGAGCUAUCGUUCAUGGAGUUUCCACCUCUAGAUCGCAGAACUAAUUUAAUCUAUUUUGAGUUUGCAACGGUGCAAAAGUACUCACUCAUCUUGUACAAUCCUGGGGGAUCUUUUAGUAGGGAUUUUUUUGCACUGGAAAUUGUUGACGGAAGCAUGCAGCUCUCCUAUGACCUGGGCUCAGGACCUGUAAGGCUGAAGACGCACAAACAGAUUGCAGAUGGGCUUUUUCACAGUGUAACUGCAAGAAGGAUUGGCAAUAUGGGUUCUUUGCUGGUGGACAACUGCACAGAUGUUUACAAAAGUGGAUUUUGUUUUUCUAAGAGUGAGGGCACGAUCUCUGAAAGAACACUUGAUGUUGGCAACAAUAAUAUGACAUUUGGAGGACUCAGGACUCUUGAAUCUAUUUUAUGGCAUCCCGAUCAGAUUAAAACCCAUGACUUUGUUGGAUGCAUUCGACAUGUUCAUAUCAAUGGCAUCUUGCUGAGACCUUCUAUGGCCCUUGCAGCAUUUAACAUCUUUGACAGAUGUACUCGAGCAACGGAGUCAGCGUGCGGCAGUGUCCCAUGCAAAAAUGGUGGUGUGUGCCAUGACCUUUGGUCUGAUUAUCUCUGCGAUUGCCAAAGUCCUUUUGGUGGAAUAAACUGUGCCACAGUGAUGUCAGAGAAUCUAGUAAUGCAGUUCAGCAAGAGGGAUUACGUUGAGUAUGUCAUUAAGGAAAGAUUCAAGAGAGAUUACCUGCUGAAAGGGUUGGUGGAUGGAAGAAAGGCAAACAGCACAAACCAAACAGGGAUUAACAUUAAAUUCAAAACCCAACAAGAUGACGGAGUGUUAUUCCUUGUCCUUGGACAGAAGGCAGCCAUAACUCUCAUGAUAAGAGUAAAAAAGCCAGUGUAUGUGUACAAAGAUACAUCAUCCGGACAUGUGUCAGAGUUCACUGCAGAUCUACAGGUGACUGAUGGGAUAUGGCAUGUCCUCACAUUGUCCAGCGAUGGCCACAGCACUUCUCUGUCUGUGGACAGAAAACUAGUUUUUAACAGCACAGAACAAAGCAUGGAUCUGACGCCCAUCAACGUGGAAAAGAUCAUUCUUGGUGCAGCUCCAACAAGAGAACCCCACUACGAACAACUAGGUUUCAGUGGAUGUGUGCAGUAUUUCAAUGUAACUGGAUACAAUCUGCCAAUCAGUGGACACAGUACAACAGUAGGGGUUUGGCCAAGCUCAACUCUGUCCCAGCCAAGCUGUGGGUCUUCAGGUGUUUGCCUCCCCUCAUCUUGCUUCAAAGAAAACUCUGGUGGGAGAACACGGUUGAUGUGUGGACCUAAUAUACAGAACAAGUCCUGCAUCUGCUUACGUAAUGUUUCAAACCAUGCCUGCGACAUCUGUACCUCUACGGCCCAUGAUCAGUGCCCUGAAAAGCAGCGUGGCAACAAGCCGAUUUGGAUCACAGUUGUGGUCCUUCCUUCAAUCCUGAUCCUGGCAAUCAUUGUAAAGUGUAUGGGCAUUUAUAGAGUGAGGCAUCACAAGAGGAAGCGGAAGGAGCAAGGAAAAGCAAACAUAUCUUUUUGUUUGGAUGAUUGCAAAGAUAAAGAAAACUCUCAUGCCCCCCAGAAAGCAGAGCCCAUUCCUCUGAGUGAGCUGGAGUACUAUGAAACUAACAGCAUCUGCAGUGCAUUUCGUUUGGAUGAUUUUAGUAGGCGCAGUCAUGUAAGCACCAGAAACUCUGUGAAUGCAGAAUGCAAGCAAUGGAAAAGUCUUGGAAUUCUCCUAGCAAGAUUUAGGAAAGGCAAAAGCUCCAAAAAGCCUCAAAAUGUUCCUUCCUUCGACAAGCAGUGUCCUGACCUUGAAACAGCACAUCUGCAGACAGUGAAGAGGUUCCCUCAAUCUGAGAUCCUGAAGCCGAUACAAUGCCUGAGUUAUGAGGAAAUCUGCAAACUGAAUGCUCCUCCAGACCUGACAGCGUCACAUCAAACAUCACAGCAGAAAAAACUCCUGAAAUCCACAAUAAGAAGGGAAACCUCAUCUAGAAGUGCAGCAGACAUCCCAUUUGCCUGUUCAGAGUCUGAACACGGACGGCUUGAUGUCACUGCUGGCAAAAAGUACAUGCUUGAGCAGCCAUCUUUGUCUGAGCACACUGUGAGGCAAGAAGUUAACCCACCUGUCAAGUCACCCUCUCUGCAAACAGGCCUGUCUGCUGCAGAUCAGGAGGAAACUGGGAAACAUCUAACCAGUGUAGUUGAAGAGUGGGUACAUAUUUUGAAUUUGAAUCUGCCGUUUAAUAGCUAUGUACCAGUGUUUGAGGAUAUUGCAUGUUUACCCUCUGAAUUUUGUCAUAGUGACCCAGAGGAAAUGAUUUAGAUGGUCUUUUACUUUGAUUAAUUAAAAAUCUUUUUCCGCUGGACAUUAUUAUAUUUGAAAUUAAACACAACUUUAAAGUUUUAAAUUUUUUUACAUGGAUUGUCUGAACAUUUUGUAGGACAAGAAAAAGUGUUAAAUCAAUUACAUUUUACAUGAAUCAAAGAAAGCUUUAUUAUUCAAUUUUAGUAUUUAGAGGGAGCACUUUUUAGUUGGAUAAAUAAUAGCAGUGUGUUAUUUUAUAUAUGUUAAUAUUUUAUUUGUUUGUUAUUUUAUU